GCCGUCAGCGUUUGCCGCAUCCUCAGACUCACUCUGGACCAGCCGCAGUCACAGCUGCAGGACCUCUCUGGACCAGCUCAGUCGCAGACUGCGCAACCACCAGACCACUGCGGCAAACAAGCCCAGCUGAGCCAAGCAAUAGCGAUGGCCGACCCCGAGAAGCAGGGACCCGCUGAGAGCCGCCCCGAGGACGAGGUAAUGGAGGGCGCUCAGGGUGGCGAGGAUGCAGCAACCGGUGACAGUGCCACUGCACCGGCGGCCGAGGAGCCCCAGGCCCCCGCGGAGAAUGCGCCCAAGCCCAAAAACGACUUUAUCGAGAGCUUGCCCAAUCCCGUCAAGUGCCGGGUUCUGGCGCUCAAAAAGCUGCAGAAGCGCUGCGAUAAGAUCGAGGCGAAAUUUGACAAGGAAUUCCAGGCUCUGGAGAAGAAGUACAAUGAUAUCUACAAGCCCCUACUCGCCAAGAUCCAGGAACUCACCGGAGAGAUGGAGGGCUGCGCGUGGACCCUGGAGGGAGAGGAUGAUGAAGACGACGAGGAAGAAGAAGAUGAGGAGGAGGAGGAAGAGGAGGAGGCUGCAGCUGGCGCAACUGGGGGUCCCGACUUUGCCGAGAAGUGAGCACAGCAGCUGACAGCGCAGAGGAAGAGGAACCCAAGAACGACGUCAUCUUUAAGACUUUUGCUUUUGCAAACCCAGACAUCAGCUUUACACUCCAGAGGAGACAAGGCAUGGAGGAAGGCUGGACUGACAGCAUUUACUGUUUAUGUGGCUAGAAAAACUGCCAUUUCAAGUUGUGAAAAAUGUUUUGAAUAUUUGAAUUUACAGAAAGAACACGGUUCCAAAAAUAAGGGUGUAUUCCAUGUAUAAUACUGUCAACAAGUGUUCAUCUGUAAUGGUCUCAUGUUAUCUGUUUUCUUGGUAGUGUUUGUUUACAAAAUCGUAAAAAUUACCCCAAAUGUUUUAAGUAUUAAAUUCCCUUGUAGCAUUUUAGAAAUAUAAUUUACUUGAAGAGAUGUAGAAUGUAGCAAUUCUGUAAAGCAUGUGUAUCCAGUGUUGCCUAGUUUGACUUUGUGAAGUCUUUUUGUCUUGUAGCUUUUAGCAAGUAGCUGUGAAAACCAUCAGAACCCCUCAAUGAAGCUAAUGUUUGGAAAAAAGUAUAUACUUGAAGAACCAACCCAAGUGUGUAUCCCCAACCCCAGCUCAGAAAUAGGAAGGGUUUAAGUUUGCUUGUAUUAGCUGUGCCUUCAUUAUUUUGCUAUGUAAAUGUGACUUAUUAAAUGGUGCAUAAUCAAAUUUUAUUGCUUGAGGACAAAAUGGCAUAAAGGGAAGACUUUUGGGAAAAGACAUUUAGUGUAAAGGCCUUUAGCUUCUUUGUGGGUUUUGAACUAUCUGUGAAUCAAUGUUCUGUAAAGAAACACAAACGUAAAGUUGUUUACCACUGUGGUGUUAACAAAACAGUAUUUUCAAAAAUAAAAAAACCUUGUUAUUCUGA